CGGCCCGGAGGCAGUUGCGCGGCCCUGUUGAACCGGCUGGAUGAAGGAGGACUAACUGGUUUGCAUUCACUGAAGCCCUCAAAGAAAACGAAAGCUAUGCUGCCAGCAAGUCUUGGUCAGUCUCCUGAGAUUCCAUCUGCCAAUAAAACACAGACUGGCUCUCUAAAGCCUAAGUUGCCUAAACCUAAACUUGACCUCAGAGCCCUCUUUGAUUACUUCACAAGGAAGCAGCAUCUGAAGAGUAGAAAGUGGAGGCCAAGCGCUAGGAAGAAGAAGAAGAAAGUCGCAAAGAGAAAAACUGCAAAAGGCAAGGAGCAAGAAACAUGUGAGAGGAGACAGCAGCCAACAGUCCCAGGAAAGAAACAGAAACGUACUGAGAAAAUUAAUUUUCCUUUUGUGGAGAGACUGUACGGAGUGAAACACCUUCCCUUUAGAAUGGUGUGUCUGUAUGAGCAAGCAGCUUUAAAUGGAUACUUCAGAUACAUUGAAAAGCUGAAAGUAGAGACAUCCCUGAAAAAAUCUUUGACACAGUUGAAUGCUGUGGAUGAUCUAGAAAACGAAAGUUUGGAGUCAAGAAAGCACAAAUACGUGGAUGAGGAUGAACCUCUUUCUCCCAUUGUGGAGACAAAUGGAGAUGACCAAGCUGAGAGUUCUGCAGAUAAAGAAGAAAUAGGUGCCAAGAUAGUGGAAAAAAGCUGUUUCUUAUUAAGUAGCAAAAUUCCAAAGAAGACACGCAAGAGGAAGUCAAACACUACCAGCAACUGAAGCUACUGAUAGCCAUGAUAAGCAAUUGCUCUGAGAAAAGAGGAAGCAGCAUUUGUCCGUGGCAGCAGAUGGCAGCAAGGAAGAUGACUUCAUCCACACUGGUUCCUACUGUUUGCAGCUAGCCUUGGAUUUGUUCUGCUUCACUAGUGUUCUGGACAGUGAUGGUUGGG